UCUGUUAGCCAGAGUCAAGUUGUCAGUUAACGUUUGUCCCUCGAUGAUCCUUCUCGCUUUCUUGUACCAGCUUCGACGGGAGCAAUAACAAUAAUUCGAAUCGCGCAACCGUUCCAAGCUAGACUUCUGUUUAAUAUUUUGAAAUAGCCUCUGUUUGGAAUGUGCGUACAAGUGACAGGACACUAGAAAUAAUUCCCAAACGAAGAGAACAAUAUUUAAUUUAAUAAAAUUUAAUUUUGCAAUAUUGAGGAAGAAAAAGAGCAUUAGGAAGAGGAUUCGAUCGCGUGUCGUGUAUGAAAUAUUAGCGAAUACAAUCGUAGUUCGGUGGAUCGUUUGUUUUGGUGCCAAGAGGAGACCGAGUAUGAAAAUAAGCUGCACGUAAACAUUUAAACUGUCUCGCUCGUCGACUGAAAAGUUUCUUUCUCGUUCAACGAAAGCAAGUAGCGAAGAAAAAUGGAAAGUGACGUUAGUCAGUUGGAAAAGAAACGCGUGAUGAAAACAAGAAGAGCAACCACCUUGGCGGAGUGCUCCCAAAUAGUCGAAGUGCAUUGCACCGCAAGGUGCAAUAGGGACGCCUUCAGAAGGCUUUUCAUGGACCAAACGUUGCUGGAAAAAUUAUUUUUGCUAUUCGACCAGUAUGAAGAGGGGCUAUUGAAGCAAGAUGUGUGGUUCGAAUUUGUGAAAAGUAGAUUAACAAAUGAAAGCCAAAAUGAUUUCAUCGCGGAAAUCGAUAGUGUCGUGUACAGUGUGUGCGGCGAUGAUCCUGUAAGUCUCACGAACUUCCAACACGUAUUUUCCUCUAAAGAGGUCGUAGACAGAUUAUUUCGAGUAAUCGACGAAGACAAUGUGGGAUACGUAAUGUCUUCUCAAAUUAUGAGAUUCAUCACCAACAUCACCGACAGAAGACCACGAUCUGGCUUCGACACCAGCAGUCUGGAAUGGUUGGAGAAAUUGUUUAAGCAAACGGUGGGUAACGAGAAAGAAAUAAGGCGUGAAGAGUUUAACAAGAUCGUCACUUCGAAAAACCCAUUCUUCACAGACAGAGCCUUCCAAAUAUUCGAUAAAGACAAUUCGGGAGCCAUAUCUCUGCAGGAAUUUCUGGAUACGAUGCAUCAAUUCGCAGGGAAAAGUCCUGACGACAAAAUCAGCUUUCUGUUUAAAGUCUACGACAUAGACGGUGAUGGAUCGAUACAACUUUUCGAAUUGGAGCACGUGAUGAGAGCUUGCAUGGAGGAGAAUGGUAUGGAAUUCAGCGAUGAACAAAUCAAGGAUCUGACGAUCGCGUUGUUCGAGGAUGCUGAUCAAGACAAACGAGGCUCCAUUACUUACGAGGCUCUGAAAAAUCAAUUAGAGAAACACGAAGGACUGCUAGAGAACCUCACGAUAAGUAUCGACCGAUGGCUGGUACCACCGAAACCGAAAGCAAAACGGAAAUCGCUGUUGGGUUUCUUCGCGUCGUUGCGCCCUUACCAAUUGACGAGGCCGUACAUGAAGAACAAUUACGUUUACAUCGCUUUUAUCUCUGUCUUUAUUUUGAUUAAUGUAACUUUAUUCGUGGCGAGACUUUACGAAUACAGACGAUCCAACGGGUACGUCAUGGUUGCUCGUGCUUGCGGUCAGUGUCUGAAUUUCAACUGCAGCUUCAUCCUAAUCCUCAUGCUGCGCCAGUGUAUCACCUUCCUACGAAGUCAUGGUUUCAUUUAUGUGCUGCCAUUGGAUCAACACAUUUACCUUCACAAGAUAACUGGAGUUCUGAUCGGUGUCUUCGGUAUAGUCCACACGUUGAUGCAUCUUUUAAAUUUUGGCACAGUCGUGGUAUACGACCCCAUAUUAAAUUCCAACAAGUACACUAUAUAUGAAUGGCUGUUCACGGAUCGUCCAGGUCUGUUCGGUCUUGUAAAAGGUUGGGCGAACCCAACGGGAUUCAUCCUUGUCCUCAUCCUUGCUAUAAUGACGAUAUGCUCGAUGCCUUUUGUUCGCCGUGGCGGAUGCUUCGAGAUAUUUUACUGGUCACACUUGCUGUACAUACCAUUCUGGAUAUUGACGAUACUUCACGGGCCGAAUUUUUGGAAAUGGUUUAUAGCGCCAGGUGCGAUAUAUCUUGCUGAGAGAAUUAGGCGAAUCGCCUGGUCCCGUUCACAGCUUGGAAAAACUUACAUCAGCUCUGGCCUCUUGCUGCCCUCGAAAGUGACGCAUUUGGUCAUCAAACGACCUGUUCAUUUUGAUUUUCGUCCUGGUGACUAUGUUUUCGUCAACGUUCCCGCUAUUGCUCGCUAUGAAUGGCACCCUUUCACCAUCAGCAGCGCCCCAGAACAGGAAGACUACAUAUGGCUUCACAUUCGCGCAGUUGGGGAGUGGACCAACAGACUUUAUUCCUAUUUCGAGAAGGAACAAAUGAAACUUCAUGAAGGCAAUGCGUAUCCAAUCGCAGAGUCAACUGACAUAAUUAGUCCUGGGAAAAUGUCAUUCCUUAAUAAAAAUCAGGAUUUAACAGUUACUUCGAUAAUGUCUUCGUCGUCUUCGGAAACAGACAAUUGCGGUCUUGAUAAUCCUACCUUUAUUCCUGAUAAUGACAACAUAGUAUCAUCGACGCAAAAUAUAAACGGCGUGGGGGAUAAUAAUAAAGUUCCAAAGGACCGAAAACUGCAUAGCCUGCUGCUGGGUAGCAAAAUACGGCUGGAGAAGUCCAUCUCAGUACCUGAUAUACAAACGAGAAAGAAGAAGAAGGAAAGACUCCUUGCACUUCGAGAUUAUAUGAGAUCCGAAUCGGAGAGAAACUUCGACGAGUACCAAAUGCGCAGUGCGCGUCUGAAGUCUUUGGAAAAGGCUUACUCGAGUCCACAGCAUAAGAAAUUGGCAGAAAAUUUUCGAUACUUGAGAACCAAACCUACCUUGAUUGCUUUCAAGACACCGAGCUUAGAGAACUGGGACUGUGAAGCAAAAACACGCAGAGAAACUGUCUCGCGAACAAGCGUAAACGAUCGCAGAAGUAUGUCGCCCAGUGUAGUCGCGAUACAAAUCACUGAAGAAGGAGACAAAACGCGGUCGAAAUUGGAAGAAACGUCAAAGGAAAACAGGAACGAUAACGGUCUUGACGUUCUUUCCCGCCCACCCAUCAAUUAUGCUGUUGGAAAACCAUUAAAGAUUUUCUUGAAUGGGCCAUACGGAGCUCCCUCGAGUCAUAUAUUCCAAGCACACCACGCAGUUCUAAUCGCGACCGGAAUCGGAGUUACGCCUUUUGCUUCGAUACUGCAAUCCAUCAUGCACCGUUAUUGGAAGGCAAGGCACACCUGCCCAAAAUGCGAAUUCUCAUGGGCUAGCGAGAUCCCAUCCACUGUCAUGCAUCUAAGGAAGGUAGACUUUUUCUGGAUAAACAGAGAUCAGAGAUCCUUCGAAUGGUUCGUAAACUUGCUGUCUCAGUUGGAAAUGGAGCAAGCAGAACUCGGUGAUGCCAUGGAACAUUUUCUUGAGAUGCAUAUGUAUAUUACCAGUGCUCUACAGAAAAAUGACAUGAAGGCUGUUGGUCUGCAACUAGCUAUGGAUUUAGUUCAUCAAACGGAGAAACGAGAUCUUAUAACUGGUUUAAAAACAAGGACAAACGCUGGUCGACCAAACUGGGACAAGGUUUUCAAGCAGAUCCAAGACAAGAAAAAGGGUAAAGUGACAGUAUUCUAUUGCGGGCCCCCGCAAUUGGCGAAAGUCUUACGUCUCAAAUGCGAUCAAUUUGGUUUUAAUUUCAAGAAAGAAUCUUUCUGAAAUUUCGAGGAGAAAUAUAAUAUCGUUAUGUUUGUCAUACCAUAUUUUUCUCGACUGUUACACAAAUUGAAAUCAACGGCACACGUAUCCUGUUUACACGUUUUAUGUAAAAUUUUAAUGUUACGACAAUUAUAGGUUAUUAUAUUGUUUGGC